AUGGAUAACCCAAACGACUCCAAGUCAUGGCUGCCAAAGUUUCUUCAGGCCAAAUCCUCACCUACUUCUACCCCACCAAACGAGCGGGAACCCCUCAUUCCCAAACCGGCAAACAGUCAAUCAGUAUCCUCCUCAGCCACCGAAGGAGAAACAUACGAAGUUGAUGAAGAGACAUCAAAGACGAAACAAUGGCUAUCAGAAUUCCUUCUCUUGCUUCGAGGGUCACUUCCUGUGAUCCUCGCAUAUACCUUGCAGAACUCGCUACAAACAAUAUCAGUCUUGAUAGUGGGUAGAUUGAGUCCGGAGGCUCUUGCUACAGCUGCAUUUAGUUAUAUGUUCGCCAUGUCAACAGCUUGGUUGAUUGCGUUAGGAGGAUCCACCGCCCUCGAUACACUAGCAUCGUCGACGUUCACAGGAAGCAAAAACCCUCACGAUCUUGGGGUAUUGUUACAGCGAUCUUUCAUUGUUCUUACAGCUUUCUAUGUUCCAGUUGCGAUUUUGUGGGCGUGCUCCGCCCCAGUUUUUCGACUACUUGGCCAAGAAGAAUAUAUUUGUGUUGAUAGCGCCAAGUUCUUGACAGCUCUGAUCCCAGGUGGGCUGGGAUACGUAUACUUUGAAACCAUGAAGAAGUAUCUUCAAGCACAAGAGAUCAUGCGGCCCGGUACGUACGUACUUCUACUUACCUCGCCCCUCAGCGCCGGUCUCAACUACCUCUUUGUCUACACAUUCAAGCUCCAUCUCAUUGGUGCUCCUCUCGCGACAGGACUUUCUUACUGGAUCUCCUUUCUCUUGCUGGUCGCCUAUGCGCGCUUCGUUGCGGGGUCUCGAUGCUGGGGUGGUUGGUCCCGAGCGUGCCUCCAAAACAUGAGCACGUUUGCUAGGUUGGCCAUUCUCGGAGUCGUACACGUUGGUACCGAAUGGUGGGCUUUCGAGAUUGUUGCACUAGCUGCCGGCCGGUUAGGCACAAUCCCUCUCGCUGCUCAGAGCGUUAUCAUGACAACAGAUCAGGUCAUGAAUACCAUACCGUUCGGCAUUGGUGUUGCAGCUUCUGCCCGAGUCGGAAACCUUCUCGGUGCUAGAAACGCCAAAGGAGCAGCCAGAGCCGCAAAUGUUGCUGCGUGGUUAAGCAUGUUCAUGGGUCUGUUGGUGCUUAUUGUUCUCAUGGCAGUGAAAGACUUCUAUGCUAAAAUCUUCAAUGAUGAUGUCAAUGUUGUGCGACUUACAGCAGAGGUCAUGCCAUACGUCGCACUCUUCCAAAUUGCAGACGGUCUCAACGGCAGCUGUGGUGGAAGUCUGCGAGGAAUGGGAAGACAACAUAUUGGUGCCGCGGUCAAUCUUGUCAGUUACUACAUGGGAGCCCUUCCACUUGGAAUCUGGCUUGCGUUCCAUGGUUGGGGUCUUGCUGGUCUCUGGGUUGGACAAUGUAUCGCACUCUAUCUCGUCGGUGCUCUCGAAUGGAUCGUCGUUGCAUGGAGUGAUUGGGACCACCAAGUUGACAUGGCCUUCAAGCGAAUGGACUGCGCUGAACAAGUUGAAGCUGGUAUCGGAGAGUACCUGCCUGAGGGACAGACAAAUGGCGGCGUGGGAUCAACGGAGAGGCCAGCUGUUUGA